AUGCGCGAGGGAAGCACGGCCGGUGUAGCGUUGCGGGAAACAAUCCAACUGGCGCAGGCCGCCGAAAAAAUGGGGUACAACCGCUACUGGGUGGCGGAGCAUCACAAUUUACCCAAUUUCGCCGGCACGGCCCCGGAAGUUCUGGUGGGCCAGAUUGCCGCCAAUACACAACGGAUCCGGGUUGGUUCUGGCGGUGUGAUGUUGUCGCACUACAGUUCCCUGAAGGUGGCGGAAACCUUCCGCAUGCUGGAUGCCCUGUACCCCGAUCGCAUCGACCUUGGAAUCGGACGGGCGCCCGGCAGCGACCAGAUCACUGCCGCCGCGCUGGCCUAUCCCAGCAUGCCCAAAGAAAUCAGGCAUUUCCCGCAGCAGGUGCGGGAUGUGGUCAACUUUUUGAACGACUCGCAACCGGACGAUCACCCGUUCCAUGAAAUUGCGGCUUCACCCGAUGAGCCGGAUACCGCGCCACAGGUUUGGUUGCUCGGUUCCCGGUAUGAAUCGGCGUUUAUGGCGGCGAAGAUGGGCUUACCCUUUGCCUACGCUCAUUUCUUCGGUAUGGGGCCCGAUGAUGGCCCCCAGAUCGUUGAGUCAUAUCGCCAGAAUUUUGAGGCGUCGGAGAAUCUGGAGCAGCCGCUGGUCAAUGUGGGAGUUCAGGUUUUGUGCGCCGAUACCGAGGAAGAAGCCAGGCGAAUUGGGUCGAGCCGCAACCUGGGACGUCUCCGGUCGGUUACGGGCCGGGCAAAGGGCAUACCGUCCCCGGAGUUGGCCUCGGCUUACAAAUACCUGGCCAACGAGUGGCAAUUUAUCCAGCAGUAUCAGCGCAAAUGCGUGGACGGCGAUCCGGAACAGGUAAAAGCCGGGUUGGAGAAAGUGGCGGAAGACUACCAAACGCCAGACUUGAGCGUGGUUACGAUCUGCUACAGUUUUGAAGACCGGGUACGUUCCUACGAACUGGUGGCCCGGGCAUGUGGCCUGGAACCUUCGGGCUUGGGUUAG